GUCGAAAUCGGCUUGGGUAAUACCGACAAUCGUUUCCCAACGGGGAACAAUGAGCUAUUAUUACGAGGCGCAAUCGGCUGGAAUAAGGACGAACACAGCUUGGACAAGAAGGGCGCAAGCAAAGCCGACGUUACGAACCUUCUUGAGAGUGCCGGGUUCAGCAAGUCGAACCCAUACUAUAUCGUCCCCCAAGGCCGUAUCACCGCCCUGACCAAUGCGAAAGACCAUGAGCGCCUCGCUCUUCUCAAAGAGGUGGCUGGCACUAAGGUCUAUGAACAACGCCGCACCGAAUCCCUCCGCAUCAUGUCCGAGACAGAGGCCAAGCGGUCCAGGAUCAGCGAACUGCUCGAUUACAUCGACACGCAUCUUACAGAGCUCGAAGAAGAGAAGGAGGAGUUGAAAGAGUUCGAGGAGAAAGAUAAGGAUAGGCGGUGUUUGGAGUACGCGCUUUGUCAGAGGGAGUUGGAGGAAGUCGCGGCUGCGUUGGAGGAGAUUGAGGAGGAGAGGCGGGGAGAGGUUCAUGGUGCGAAUGUGAGAAGGGAACAGUUUGCGGAUCGGGAGCAGAGGAUACAAGUACGUUCUUCUCCCACU